AUGUUUUUAAGAUUCGGAUUAGAGCACACCAAAGGUUCCAAGUACCCUAUGGAUCCUGGUUAUCACAAAUUGGUCAAAGAGAGUAAACCGUUAGCAGACAACACGGAAUAUCGCAGCUUAAUUGGUUCGUUGUUGUAUGUAUCAGUGAACAGUCGUCCAGAUAUCACUGCUAGCGUAGGAAUAUUGAGUUGUCGUGUUAGCUGUCCAUCGGAGCUGGACUGGACAGAAGCUCGCAGAGUUCUGCGAUAUUUGCAUUCUACAAAAGACUACGCUUUGAAGUUAGGAGCCAAGCAGCAAGACCUGAAUCUAAUGGGCUAUUGUGACGCUGAUUGGGCAACCGACGUCAGUGAUCGUAAGCCGUGCAGCGGAUACCUUUUCCAGCUAGGUGGAGCGACAAUUAGCUGA